UUUGUUUUUGUUCGGCAGCAUGGUUUCUACUGUAGCCGGUAUCGCAGCGAUGUAUAUUCCAUGAGGCAGUGAAGAAGAGCCCUUCAUUCGCACUGAGUGAGAGGGAACAAGCAAAGGCCAUGGCGGGGGUAUUCGACAUUGAUUUGGAUCAGCAGGACGAAAAUGUGUCUGAGGACGAACUCGAGGAUGGAAUCCAAAUGAGCGAAUAUGGGCGGCAAUGCAGCGGGUUUGAAUUUAACAUGGAUGACUGUGAAAGGUUUGAAAUCUCUGAAGACAGCGUCAACAAAGGAACGGAGCAGAUUCGUCCGGAAUGCUUUGAGUUGCUCCGAGUUUUAGGAAAAGGAGGCUAUGGAAAGGUUUUUCAAGUUCGUAAGAUGUCGGGUGCUACUUCGGGAAAGAUCUUCGCUAUGAAGGUCUUGAAGAAGGCCAUGAUAGUGCGUAACGCUAAGGACACUGCUCACACCAAGGCAGAGAGGAAUAUCCUGGAGGAGGUGAAGCACCCAUUCAUAGUGGACCUCAUCUAUGCCUUCCAGACAGGGGGCAAGCUGUACCUCAUCCUGGAGUACCUUUCUGGUGGGGAGCUGUUUAUGCAAUUGGAAAGGGAGGGGAUCUUUAUGGAGGACACAGCGUGCUUCUAUCUGGCAGAGAUUUCCAUGGCUUUGGGACACCUGCAUCUGAAAGGCAUCAUCUACAGAGACCUGAAGCCAGAGAACAUCAUGCUCAGCAACAACGGUCACGUCAAGCUCACAGACUUUGGCCUGUGUAAAGAAUCAAUCCAUGACGGCACUGUUACUCACACCUUCUGUGGCACCAUAGAAUACAUGGCCCCAGAGAUCCUGAUGAGGAGUGGACACAACCGGGCUGUAGACUGGUGGAGCCUGGGAGCUCUCAUGUACGACAUGCUGACAGGAGCACCACCAUUCACUGGGGAAAACAGGAAGAAGACCAUUGACAAAAUCUUAAAGUGCAAACUGAACCUGCCACCUUACCUCACACAAGAAGCUAGGGACCUUCUGAAAAAGCUGCUGAAACGCAAUGCCUCGUUACGGCUGGGGGCAGGCCCAGGAGACUCCUCAGAAAUUCAGAGCCACCCGUUCUUCAGGCAUAUUAAUUGGGAUGAUCUUCUCGCUCGCAAAGUGGAGCCUCCAUUCAAGCCUUUUCUGCAAUCAGCUGAUGACGUGAGCCAGUUUGACUCCAAGUUCACUAGCCAGACUCCCGUGGACAGCCCUGAUGACUCCACGCUCAGCGAAAGUGCCAAUCAAGUCUUCCUGGGUUUUACGUAUGUAGCUCCCUCCGUCCUCGAAAACAUCAAGGAGAAAUUCGCCUUUGAGGCAAAAGUCAGCUCGCCAAGAAGGUUUCUGGGAAGCCCAAGAACACCAGUGAGCCCAGUGAGGUUUGCUGUGGGGGACUGCUGGCCCCGGGCCCCCACUCAGCCUGGAACCUCGUCCCUUUGGGGUUUUGGGUCUGGAGACCAGCCCAUGGAGGUUGGUGUGGAGCAGAUGGCCAUUUCCUCCAACGAGGUGUCUGCCCCCCUGCCUAUCAGAAAGCCCUCUGGCAACACCACCACAGGCGGCCCCUUCAAGAAGCAGGCCUACCCCUACCCCAUCUCCAAACGGCCCAAGCACCUCCAGAUGAAUCUAUGACACUGUUCCAUCUAGAACUUCUCUUUCCUAAAUCCUCCAUUCACUUAUUUUUUUCUUUUAAGAGACUUAUAGAAAUUAAAUGACUGACGGACCGUCGGCACCAUUCACCAGCUCCUUCAGACGCACCUUCCAUCCCUGCCUCCCUCCUUUCCUUCUAUCCCUGCCUCCCUCCUUUCCUUCCAUCCCUGCCUGCCCCUCUCUCCCUGGUUGGGCAGCUUGGCAGCCACACAGGGCUGUCUACCCUAGCAGAUAUGACAAACUAUAGGAGCCUCCUGUUAGGGAGAGGAGGAACUAGGGAGAGAACUCCCUCCCACCAAUUAGAGCUUUAGUCAAACAGCAAGAGGUCUUGACUACUUCCUUCAGCCCUGUAGAGUAUAUCUGGAGGAAGAGAUGAGAGCAGUGCUGCUAGAUGCUGCUGUCAGAUUGCGGUGUGCUUCACUGGGCUGGCUUCUCAUGACACGCUGGUGCUUUGUACUUUAGGUGAGUGGGGACAGAGUGUUACUCCUGAUGCAGCAGUGCUUUCCCUCACCAGGAGUGAGAUGUUAUUGAUCAAUGAAACUGGGUAAUAGACUUUUAAAGCCUGAGGGUGGAGAUGAUUCCCUCUUAAAUGCCUCUACUUCAUUUUUAGAACUUGCUGACGAGGGGUUACAGGAUCCAUUGUAGCUGAAUACAGUAGAUGGAGUCAAUCACAGUGACACAAUGUACACAGAACACAUUCACUGUAGACUCAAUUAUCCUGCUAUAGUGUAUUACAUUGUUCAAUUUAUAAAAAAUAUGGAAUCAACAAUGCCUUUUUCUGCUUUGUCACUUGAACAUCCCAUCAGGAUAAAUCUUGUAGAACAUGUCUGGGCCGUGUUCUGUAUGUAGAAAACGUAUUGACACUUGAGUGAAACAGGAAGGUACAACCUAAACUCGUCCAAUGAGAACAUCGAUUUCCCUGAUCCCUACUUAACAUGACCCUGAGCCAUGUUCAGUUGCCAAGCGUUGUUGUAUGUUGCCGAUAGAAAUGGAAUGAAUAAAGCUGACAUGAGUCCUUGUUCUACAUAUCACAUUUAUACCUGAACGUUGUGUCCUGCUGAACACGCCCCACGUGUGGGGUCAUUGAUGGAGGGGCAGCAAAAAACACGAUGUGUACUAUUUCAGCUGAAUGCAUCGCCUCCUGCCCCACUUAUCCUUCAAUGCUGACACUGCUUUACCAGUCUGACUGGAUCUCUAGGUAGAUGGAAAACCUUUAUGUAUGUUUUUGCGUUGAAUGUAAACUGACUCGAUGCCUUUUCGAGUGUCACUUACUCAGAAGACCCACAUAAGUUCUCCACGAUUAUGAUGCAUGCAGGUUUAUUAUAAUAUUAUGGACCUAUUCUUUUUGGGCGUCUGCCAAUUUGUGAUUGUCAGAGACCAACCGAGAGCUUGUCUUUUUUAAUUGAAAGAAGCAAAGCAUUGAGGCCAAAUUCUCAUCACCACUGCCUUUUAGUGUUUAGCUAAUUGCCAGGUUGCAUUUUUCUAAUAAUGUACCUGGCUAGGUGCUUCAUGGAUGCUUCCCUCAGUCUUUAUGCAGCCUUGGUGAUAUCAGUAGGGCUAGUACCUCUGAUUCCAUUUUAGCUAGGGAUUGUUUGAAAUAUGGUGUGACUUGAAGCUUAUGUAUGCAUGUAUGUGGUCUUUAACUGUCUUAGCCUCUGGAGAAAAGCCAUUUGAUUCUCCUCUUCCCCAAACAGGAACAUUUGUCACAUUAAUAAUAAUCCAAUUGUAAGGUUCUGUCUAGAUGAAGGCAGCAUGCUUCCUGAGACCUAAACUUGAAAUUAUUCCUUUUGUCUGGAGAUGUAACUAUUUGCUCCAGUGAGUUUAGAUACUGUAGUUUCCCCCCACCAUGGAGCUAUCAGAUUCACAUGACCAAGAUGACUAUCAUGUUUAAGUGUGAUUUUGAUAAACUUGAAAAUAUGCCUCAUUCAAUAAGCAAACAAUUGUACUAUUCUGUAUAUUUUUGAACCAGGCAGUUUUAUUUGGGUCGUUCUCUGGAAUCUGUUAGGCCUACGUCAUGACUGAUAGGUUUGUAGAGGGACACACACACACAAGUCCUGUUCAAUACGAUUGAAUGUGUAUCCUGACAAAGGAUUUCUUAUUCCAAGACUGAGGUUUAUUAAAAUAUAAAUUUUCACCCCCCUGUCUGCUUGUCAGUGAAGGAAUGGACAAAUUGCUUUGGCUUCAGGUUCCAUUAGAGAGGAUGUUUGGUGUGCUUCAGAGCAACUUUCACCCCCACAGUGACCAUGGCUUACCUUUUUGAAUAUAUUUAUAAUCCAAGUUCUGUUUUAUUUUUUUAUAAGUGCCAUUAUAUAUUUUUUCCACUGCAUCAGUCACACUAUGCAAACAAUGUAUUUAUGUAUUUUACAUUAUGUUUAAAAAAUGUCUAAGUAUAUGUUUUUUCCAAUGAAUCUCUUGAGAAACCUCAAAAUGCAGCAGUUUGUUCUUUAGUUUGGAAUAAAGAAUGAUGUAAGGGGCAAAAUAGAAUCCUAUUGUAUGAGAGACAAGUUCAAAAAGUAACUUUUUGAUCAUCUUGUACAGGCUUCUUUAAUUCUGAAAACUUGAUACUUAAUACGAUGCCUGCAGAGUGUUGAAACAUGGGCAGUUUAGGUGUGUGAUGAAAAAUAGUCACUGAUGCAAAAACUAAUGGGGGGUUGGGGAUGUGACUUUCUUGAAGAAAUUGCAUGUAUUUUCAGAGGAAGAUGAUUGGACCAUGUGUUUCUAUCUCUAGUGGUAUAGGGUCUUUGAAGUGGUUUUCUGUGCUGCUCUAACCUGUUGAUACUGAAAUUAUCUGAAUGAUACUCAUCUGAGUGAUUUCUCUCGUGGUUUCGGAGCUUGAGGACCUUUUUAUAGUUCAGUGUUCAACUGAAACAAAAUGAGUGAGCUUUUGGGAACAUGAAUAUGAUUGAUCUUCUCAUUAGAAGACUGCUGCAAACAGUUAAUCAGAGUCAAUAUUUCACCCUUAUAUUUAUUCCUAGACAUUUCAGGGGGUUUGGAUGUUGAUGUGUAAUAUGGAUGUGAACAAAAUAAAAAGCAUUACUGA